AGGAGACUGAGUGAGAUAACGUGAUAAAGCGAUAGCAUACACAUAGGUUGCGUAGGUGGCGUAGACUAAAGGUGAAUUUGUUAGGUGAAAUAGGAACGUCACAUCCUUCGACAGCACGAAAAAUGUAUUCAAAAGGACAUGGAGGUGAAGGUUCUAAGUCUAAUGGUUAUCGUAAUGGCCAAAGACAUAGUAGAGGACCAAGAUACCCACCUGGAUUAACAGGCAAAGAAAUAGGGUUGUUUUACAGAGACAUGGCUAAAAGGAAGGCAGCAACAGCUGGAGUUCGACUUAUUAACUUACCUGAACAUAUUAAGAAAAAAAUUAUGGCUGUAAUAGAAAAUUUUGAAAGACACUAUAAUAAAUUAUACAACGAUGUUUACACUAAAGAUAUAGAUGAUACAUUGGAGAAUAAAUACAUACAUAUUCAUGAUUCUCAAUUUAAAAGAAGGUUUAUGAAAAUGUUAUCUGGUAACAUACAAGAAAAUAUUUCCAGCGCUUUAAUGAUUGAAACAAAAUUAAAAAGAGAUACUAAUCUAGAUGCCAAAUUGUUAGAAGAAUAUAAAAUAAAGCAAUCUUUGCCAGAAUAUAAGAAAAUGGUACAGUUUAGAUCAAAAUUACCAUCACAUGAGAAAAGAUCAGAAAUAUUAAAAUUAGUUAGAGAAAAUCAAGUUGUUUUAAUAAGUGGAGAAACUGGUUGUGGAAAAACAACACAAAUUGUUCAGUACAUAUUAGAUGAUGCAAUUGAACAAGGUAAUGGUAGUAUUACACAGAUUAUUUGUACUCAACCUAGGAGGAUAUCAGCUAUAUCUGUUUCUAAAAGAGUUGCAGCUGAGAGAGCAGAAAACAUUGGUACAUCUGUUGGUUUUCAAGUCCGACUUGAAAAAGUAUUACCAAGAAGAAAAGGUAGUAUAUUGUAUUGUACAACUGGGAUGUUAUUGCAAUUUGUACAAAAUAGUCCAGCUUUGAAAGAAUAUUCUCAUAUUGUAUUGGAUGAAAUUCAUGAGAGGUCUAUGGAAACUGAUUUAAUCCUUACUUUGUUGAAGUUUAUUAUUCCUAAAAGAUCCGAUUUAAAAGUUCUUUUAAUGAGCGCAACACUUAAUUCCGAAAGGUUUUCGGAAUAUUAUGAUAAUUGCCCAAUGAUCCAUAUUCCAGGGUUUACUUAUCCAGUGCAAGAAUAUUAUUUAGAGGAUGUUUUGAAGUUUACAGAAUUUAAAUUUAAAUCGGAAAUACGUAAGAAGUAUUCUUACGAUUCAUCUGACUCUUGUAUUGAGCAAUGUAUAAACGAACUUAAAGGAAAAUAUCCACAAAACAUUCUUGACGAACUGAUGCAACCAUGUAGUGAAAUCAUGUCUCUUGAACUUAUACAAACAUUAAUUUACUACAUCUGUGUAACACAAGAGCCUGGAGCUAUUUUAGUUUUCCUUCCUGGUAUGAGUGACAUAGUUAAAUUAUAUACUAUGCUGUUGAAAUCUUUGUGGUAUUCAGAAGAUAAAUAUGUUAUCUAUCUUCUCCAUUCUCGUAUGCCAACUGUUGAACAAAACCUCAUAUUCGAAGUACCACCCGAUGGAAUUCGGAAAAUAAUUAUUUCAACUCCUAUAGCUGAAACUUCUAUAACUAUUGAAGAUAUAGUGUAUGUUAUUGAUUCCGGAAAAAUGAAGUAUGAUAAAUUUGAUAUUGCAAAAAAUAUUGAAACUUUAAAACCUGAAUGGGAGUCGUUAGCGAAUGCUAAACAAAGAAGAGGAAGAUCAGGCAGAGUAAAACCUGGUAUUUGUUAUCAUUUGUAUACGAAAACUAGAGAAAGGUUCUUUCAGCCAUAUCCAUUACCUGAAAUGUUAAGGAGCCGUUUGGAGCUAGUUAUUUUACAAAUAAAAAUUUUACAAUUGGGGCCAGUUAAAACUUUCCUGACUAAUGUUAUGGAUCCCCCAAAUUUGGACAUUAUAGAAAUUUCUUUGGAUUUACUUCGAAAACUGAAUGCAUUAGAUAAUGAGGAACAGUUGACUCCUUUAGGGUAUCAUUUGGCACAGUUGCCACUAGAUCCACGAAUGGGGAAAAUGAUUAUAUGGGGAGUUCUAUUUUCGUGUGUACAACCAAUUUUUUCAAUCGCUGCAACUCUUAGUUUUAAAGAUGCAUUUUUCAGUCCUUUCGGAAAACAGGAUGAAGCACAAACACGAAAAACUGAAUUAAGUAUGUACGAAUUUAGCGAUCAUAUUGCUUUUUAUGAAGCAUUAAGGAGAUUUGAAAUAGCGUACAAAGGUGGAGUAGCAAGCAUGUUUUGUCAGAAAUAUUUUCUUUCUUUCAAUACGCUUAAACUUCUUUGUGAAAUGAAAAAUCAAUUUGCCGAACAUUUAUGUAACAUGAAGUUUAUGAAAGAAAAAAAUCCGAAUGCGGCUGAAGUUAACAGAAACUCUAAAAAUAUAUUACUGAUCAAAGCAAUAGUAUGUGCUGGAUUAUACCCCAAUAUUGCUGUUAUAACCAAUGAUUCAAUCCGUGGAAGUCGUGCAUUUACUCCCGAAGAUGGACUCACAGUCGCUGUUCAUCCGUCAAGUGUAAACUGUUCAGUUAUUGGAUUUCCUAGUCCAUAUAUUACAUAUUUUACAAAGCGAUUAUCGACAUCAAUUUAUCUGCAUGACACUACAUGUGUUACUGUACCAAUUUUAUUAUUUGCUAGUGCGGAUAUAUUUAGAAAAAGAAAAAAAAAAAAUUAUUUUAGUUUAGGAAAUAUUGAAAAUCUUGUUUGCACUAUAGAAACUGUAAAGCUUAUUCAGGGAUUACAAAAACAAUUUAAUAAUCUGUUAGAGUAUAAAAUAUCACAUCCAGAUGUAUUAUGUUGGGAUAGCUGCGAAGGUGAUCUAAUGAAUGCUAUUAUAGACCUGGUUUGCCUAAGAGAUAAAGACAUAAAAUUUGUCAAUUGUGAUAAUGAAAAAUAUAGAAAUAAUAAGAUGGAUUACGAAUGAAUACAAUGUUUCAAUAUUCAUGCUUUAGUGUAUACGUAGUAGUUAGAGAAACUUAGCUUCUUGGCGUUCUU